UGAGAUUUUCUCUGUUUUUCUUAUUUAAUUUUAGAGGGAAGAAGCAGUAUGAACCACCUAGGUACAUGACAAUAAAGACUGCCAUUGAGCAGCUCCUAGAAGUUGUGCAAGCAAAAGUAGAAUCUGUCUGCAAUGAAGACACGGAGUGUGUUGGUUUUGCUAGAAUUGGAAGUGAAGAUCAGAUCAUUGUGGCUGGUACAAUGAAGCAACUUCAAUUGCAUGUUUUUUUCCUAUCAAAUAGUACUGUAGGAGUGUGCAACUACUCAAAUUUUGACGUGUUAUUAUGUAAAAAAUUAAACUCUUCAAUAUUUUGUGCUGAAAGUAGUAACUUUUCAAUAUGUUGAAUAUUUUAGACUACUUGAAUACUUAAAGAACAUUUUGUUGUUGAUGACAAUGUUGAAUGUUUUAAACUAAUUUGUGGAUUGUUAAUACAAUGUUGAAUGCUUUUUACUUUUUGUUA